GGCUUCCGGGGAGAUGGAGCCACGUCGGGGCCGCUCCUCCCGCUAGAGGGGGCGGGACACUCGCGCUGCUCCUGCGGGGCUCAGGUUCCGGGAGACCCCGGGGCAGGGCUCUCGCCUCCCUUCUCGCCCCACCCCAACUCGGCGCCCCGAGCGGCGGGUCCACGUGCCCAGACCCUCUCGCCAGCCCGUGGCGCCCACCCUCGGGGUCAUCAUGACUCGGCUGAGCUGGUGCUUCUCCUGCGUGAUCCGAUGGGGCAAGUACCUCUUCUCCUGCCUCCUGCCCCUGCGCUUCUGCCUCCGCAGCCAGCCGGAGGAUCUGGAGGCCCCAAAGACUCAUCACUUCAAGGUGAAGACCUUCAAGAAGGUGAAGCCCUGUGGUAUCUGCCGACAGGCCAUCACCCGGGAGGGUUGCACCUGCAAAGUCUGCAGCUUCUCCUGUCAUCGGAAAUGCCAGGCCAAGGUGGCUGCCCCCUGCAUUCCUCCAUCCAACCAUGAACUGGUGCCCAUCAACCCUGAGAAUGCCCCGAAGAAUGUAGCCGACACGGGAGAAGGAGCUUUCCGGGGUGGAAACACACGGAAAAGCCUUGAGGAAGACGGCUCCAGCAGAGUCACCCCGAGUGUCCAGCCCCACCCCCAGCCCAUCAGAAAUAUGAGUCUGAGCCGGACCACGGAGGACAGCUGUGAGCUGGACCUGGUGUAUGUCACAGAGAGGAUCAUCGCCGUCUCCUUCCCCAGCACAGCCAACGAGGAGAACUUUCGGAGCAACCUCCGAGAGGUGGCCCAGAUGCUCAAGUCCAAACAUGGAGGCAGCUACCUGCUUUUCAACCUCUCUGAGCGGAGGCCUGACAUCGCAAAGCUCCACGCCAAGGUCCUGGAAUUUGGCUGGCCUGACCUCCACACUCCAGCCCUAGAGAAGAUCUGCAGCGUCUGCAAGGCCAUGGACACUUGGCUCAAUGCAGACCCUCACAAUGUUGUCGUUCUGCACAAUAAGGGAAACCGAGGCAGGAUAGGUGUUGUCAUCGCGGCUUACAUGCACUACAGCAACAUUUCUGCCAGCGCCGAUCAGGCCCUGGACCGGUUUGCAAUGAAGCGAUUCUAUGAGGAUAAGAUUGUGCCCAUUGGUCAGCCAUCCCAGAGAAGGUACGUGCACUACUUCAGUGGCCUGCUCUCUGGCUCCAUCAAAAUGAACAACAAGCCCUUGUUUCUGCACCACGUGAUCAUGCAUGGCAUCCCCAACUUCGAGUCUAAAGGAGGGUGUCGGCCGUUUCUCCGGAUCUACCAGGCCAUGCAGCCUGUCUACACAUCUGGCAUCUACAAUGUCCAAGGAGACAGCCAGACCAGCAUCUGCAUCACCAUCGAGCCUGGCCUGCUCUUGAAGGGAGAUAUCUUGCUGAAGUGCUACCACAAGAAGUUUCGGAGCCCAGCCCGAGAUGUCAUCUUCCGUGUGCAGUUCCACACCUGUGCCAUCCAUGACCUCGGGGUUGUUUUUGGGAAGGAAGACCUUGAUGAUGCCUUCAAAGAUGAUCGAUUUCCAGAAUAUGGCAAAGUGGAAUUUGUAUUUUCUUAUGGACCAGAGAAAAUUCAAGGCAUGGAACACCUGGAGAACGGGCCGAGUGUGUCCGUGGACUAUAACACCUCUGACCCCCUCAUCCGCUGGGAUUCCUAUGACAACUUCAAUGGGCAUCGAGAGGAUGGCAUGGAGGAGGUGGUGGGACACACUCAGGGGCCUCUGGACGGGAGCCUGUAUGCCAAGGUGAAGAAGAAGGACUCCCUGCACGGCAGCACCGGAGCCGUCAAUGCCACCCGUCCUGUCCUGUCGGCCACCCCCAACCACGUAGAGCACACCCUCUCCGUGAGCAGUGACUCCGGCAACUCCACAGCCUCCACCAAGACAGACAAGACCGAUGAGCCUGCCCCUGGCCCCUCCAGUGCCCCUGCUGCCCUGAGUCCUGAGGAGAAGCGGGAGCUGGACCGUCUGCUCAGCGGCUUCGGCGUAGAGAGAGAGAAGCAAGGCGCCAUGUACCAUACCCAGCAUCUCCGGUCCCGCCCAGCGGGGGGCCCUGCCGUGCCCUCCCCUGGCCGCCAUGUCGUCCCGGCCCAGGUUCACGUCAACGGUGGGGCCUUGGCAUCUGAGCGGGAGACGGACAUCCUGGAUGACGAGUUGCCCAACCAGGAUGGGCACAGCGUGGGCAGCAUGGGCACACUGUCCUCCCUGGAUGGGGUCACCAACACCAGCGAGGGGGGCUACCCAGAGGCCCUAUCCUCACUGACCAACGGUCUGGACAAGCCCUAUCCCGCGGAACCUAUGGUCAACGGUGGGGGCUACGCCUAUGAGUCCGCCAGCCGGUCGGUGCCUGCCCACGCUGGCCACACGGCCCCCAUGCGGCCCUCCUACUCUGCACAGGAGGGUUUAGCCGGCUACCAGGGGGAGGGGCCCCACCCAGCCUGGCCGCAGCCAAUGACCACCUCCCACUAUGGCCAUGACCCCAGCGGUAUGUUCCGCUCUCAGUCCUUUCCAGAAACCGAGCCCCAGUUGCCCCCAGCUCCGGCCCGUGGGGGCAGCAGCCGGGAGGCCGUGCAGAGGGGCCUGAAUUCCUGGCAGCAGCAGCAGCAACAGCAGCAGCAGCCACAGCAGCAGCAGCAGCAGCCUCGUCCCCCUCCUCGCCAGCAGGAUAGAGGCUACUUGGAGAGUCUCGGGCCCAGCAGGCCCAGCCCCCAGCCACUGGCAGAGACCCCCAUCCCCGGCCUCCCUGAGUUCCCAAGAGCAGCCUCCCAGCAGGAGAUCGAGCAGUCCAUCGAAACACUCAACAUGCUCAUGCUGGAUUUGGAACCGACGGCCGCCGCCCCCCUGCACAAGUCCCAGAGUGUCCCAGGGGCCUGGCCAGGGGCUUCCCCGCUGUCCUCCCAGCCUCUCUCCGGCUCCUCCUGUCAGCCCCAUCCACUGACCCAGUCCAGAUCUGGCUACAUCCCCAGUGGGCAUUCCUUGGGAGCCCCUGAGCCGGCCCCACGGGCUUCCCUGGAGUCCUUCCCUCCUGGCAGGGCUUACUCACCUUACGAUUAUCAGCUGUGUCCAGGUGGGCCCAACCAGAGUUUCCGUCCAAAGAGCCCAGCCUCCUCCUCCUCGUCUGCCUUCCUUCCAACUACCCAUAGCCCUCCAGGGCCUCAGCAGCCCCCAGCCUCUCUCCCUGGCCUCACUGCUCAGCCUCAGCUCCCACCAAAGGAAGUGACUUCAGACCCCUCCCGCACUCCAGAAGAGGAGCCACUGAACCUGGAGGGGCUGGUGGCCCACCGGGUAGCAGCAUACAACGCCAAGCUGCAGAGCAUCGGGCACACGAGCUUCCAGCUGCCUCCUCUCCACCGGCUCCGAUCUCCCUCCCUCUCUGGGGUGCAGGCUCGGGAGAAGCAGCCUGCAGAACCCCCAGCCCCUCUCCGGAGGCGGGCAGCCAGCGAUGGACAGUAUGAGAACCAGUCUCCAGAACCCGCGUCUCCCCGUAGCCCUGGGGUCCGUUCCCCUGUCCAGUGCGUCUCCCCCGAGCUGGCUCUCACCAUCGCCCUCAAUCCUGGAGGGCGGCCCAAAGAGCCCCAUCUGCACAGCUACAAGGAAGCCUUUGAGGAGAUGGAGGGAGCCUCCCCGACCAGCCCACCACCCGGCGGGGUGCGCUCCCCUCCAGGUCUGGCCAAGACACCCCUGUCGGCUCUUGGCCUGAAACCCCACAACCCAGCAGACAUCCUGUUGCACCCUACCGGUGUCACCAGAAGACUGAUCCAGCCAGAGCCCCGGAGCUACGUGGAGUCGGUGGUGAGGACGGCAGUGGCUGGGCCCCGAACUCAGGACCCUGAGCCCAAGAGCUUUAGCGCCCCACCUGUCCAGGCCUAUAGCCAUGAGAUGCCCCUGAGGAACGGGACCCUGGGAAGCUCCUUUGUCUCCCCCAGCCCCCUCUCUACCAGCAGCCCCAUCCUCAGUGCUGACAGCACUUCAGUGGGGAGUUUCCCCUCAGGGGAAAGCAGCGACCAGGGUCCCCGGACACCUACUCAGCCUUUGCUGGGUUCCGGCUUCCGUUCCGGCAGCCUGGGACAGCCUAGCCCUUCGGCCCAGAGAAGCUCCCAGAGCUCUUCUCCUCUCCCGACCGUGGGCAGCAGCUACAGCAGCCCCGACUACUCACUACAGCAGUUCAGCUCCCCAGAAAGCCAGGCGCGGGCUCAGUUCACCGUGGCCGGCGUCCACACGGUGCCUGGGAGCCCUCAGGCGCGCCACAGGACAGUGGGCACCAACACCCCACCCAGUCCUGGCUUCGGCCGCCGGGCCAUCAACCCCAGCAUGGCUGCCCCCAGUAGCCCCAGUUUGAGCCACCGCCAGGUGAUGGGUCCAGCGGGAACUGGUUACCAUGGUAGUGCAGUCUCCAGCCCCCAGAGCAGUACAGCGACCACCCCAGGAAGCCCCAGCCUGGGCCGGCACCCUGGGGCCCACCAGGUUUCAGGCCUCCACGGCAGUGUGGCCACUACUCCGGGAAGCCCCAGUCUGGGUCGGCACCCCGGGGCCCACCAAGGCAACCUGGCCUCCGGCCUCCACGGCAAUGCAGUAGCCAGCCCUGGAAGCCCCAGCCCGGGCCGGCACCUGGGAGGGCCUGGAUCCGUGAUUCCCGGCAGCCCCAGCUUGGACCGGCAUGCGGCCUAUGGCGGCUAUUCCACCCCCGAGGACCGGAGACCCACGCUGUCCCGGCAGAGCAGUGCCUCUGGUUACCAGGCUCCCUCUACGCCCUCCUUCCCUGUGUCCCCUGCCUACUACCCGGGCCUCAGCAGCCCCGUCACCUCCCCGUCGCCGGAUCCGGCAGCCUUCCGGCAAGGGAGCCCGACGCCAGCCCUGCCCGAGAAGCGGAGGAUGUCCGUGGGAGACCGAGCAGGCAGCCUCCCCAACUAUGCCACUGUCAACGGGAAGGUGUCCUCCUCGCCCGUGGCCAGCGGCAUGUCCAGCCCCAGCGGGGGCAGCACCGUCUCCUUCUCCCACACUUUGCCCGACUUCUCCAAGUACUCCAUGCCAGACAACAGCCCCGAGACACGGGCUAAAGUGAAGUUCGUCCAGGACACUUCCAAGUAUUGGUACAAGCCUGAGAUCUCCAGAGAGCAGGCCAUCGCUCUCCUUAAGGACCAGGAGCCAGGGGCCUUCAUCAUCCGCGACAGCCACUCCUUCCGAGGGGCCUACGGGCUGGCCAUGAAGGUGUCAUCUCCUCCUCCGACCGUCGUGCAGCAGAAUAAAAAAGGGGACAUGACCCAUGAGCUGGUGAGACAUUUCCUGAUAGAGACUGGCCCCAGAGGAGUCAAGCUCAAGGGAUGCCCCAAUGAGCCAAACUUCGGGUCUCUCUCUGCCCUGGUCUACCAGCAUUCCAUCAUCCCACUGGCUCUGCCCUGUAAGCUGGUCAUUCCAAACCGAGACCCCACAGAUGAAUCGAAAGAUAGCUCAGGCCCUGCAAACUCAACCACUGACCUGCUGAAGCAAGGGGCAGCCUGCAACGUGCUCUUCGUCAACUCUGUGGACAUGGAAUCACUCACUGGGCCACAGGCCAUCUCCAAAGCCACUUCUGAGACUCUGGCUGCUGACCCCACACCAGCUGCCACCAUCGUUCACUUCAAAGUUUCUGCCCAGGGAAUCACACUGACUGACAACCAGAGAAAGCUCUUCUUCAGACGACACUACCCCCUCAACACUGUCACCUUCUGUGACCUGGAUCCACAGGAGAGAAAGUGGAUGAAGACAGAAGGAGGUGCCCCUGCUAAGCUCUUCGGCUUCGUGGCCCGGAAGCAGGGCAGCACCACCGACAACGCCUGCCACCUCUUCGCCGAGCUUGACCCCAACCAGCCCGCCUCCGCCAUCGUCAACUUUGUCUCCAAGGUCAUGCUGAGUGCCGGCCAGAAGAGAUGAACGCCACCCCUCGCCCGGGGCCAUGGCAGUGGGGACGGGGCAUGUGGGGCGGGGACUCAUGAAUCCUGACCACCCUUGAAUCCAGAAGGAGGACUUUGGGCCAAUUUUGGAGAAGGAGAGAAGAAAGUGCAACGUGGGGAGGGGGAAGUGAAUUGCAGAGGGGAAGGGGGGGAGAGAGAGAGAGCUAGAGAAAGAAAAAGAUGGGGGAGGAUAACUUGGAUUCCCCUGGGUGGAUGGAUACCGCAGAGCCCCCAAAGCCUCCACCGCUAACCAGGUCCACCUGACCCCCCUCCCCCUUCCAAGAGGCCGGGGCUCCUCAGAGGAGACAGACCAACUCCUUGAGGAUCUAUAUUUUGGGAGUAAAUGGAAAAGCUGUCUCCCUAACCCGACCGCUUUGCAAGGAGAAAUCAAAUUGAGAGAAUCCUUUUCUGGCCACCUCUGGGGUAGAUUGGCAAACCAAAAAGAGCCAGCAUGGGCACCAAGUGGCAGAACUUUUGCCUGUGAGAGUACCGUAGACCUGAGGUUCCUGAGGUCUCUGGACUCUGCCUCCGAUGUACAGUCUGUGUGGGUGUCUGUAUGGGGUAUAUACUGUGUCCACACCCACAUCUUCACGUAUUGAUUUCCAUGUGCCUCUCAGCCAGAGUUAUAAAUACAUAGACUUGUGCGUGCCCCGUGUAUUUGCACACGCAUGUGCAUACUGUCCAAAGAAGGUGAGAGUUGGGCGUGACAGGGCAGCAGGAGUACCCAAGAUCACGGGGUCGCAGACUCUCUCUCGGUCCCCACGCUUGCUCUCUAGCGGCCCUGGGUGCUGCCAGCACCUUCCCAGCAAAAACCCCCGCAGGAGUGGGGCUGGCCGCCCUGCAGCCUUAGCUCUGAUCUGCCCCCACAGGGAGGCUGGACGCUUGGUUCGGGAGGUGCAGACGUGCGUGUGCAUAGUCUUGGGGAGGAGAUCCCUCAAGGGGGUUGCUGGUUGAGCUCUGGGGGUCUUCUCGGAGGCGUGUGGCCCAGCAGCAGGUAUGGGCAGGUGGCUCCGGCCAGUCUGAGCCCUCAGCCCAUUCUUGCGUUUUGUACCCCAGACCAGCCUUUCUUCAGAUUUGCUUACCUGUUUGAUGCCUUUUUGGGUGUCAGGGAUCAAGCCUUCCUGCCCUGGUUUGCCCUUCAGGGUCUCUAUGUUGGAGCUCGUCCUGGGGAACCUGCUCCGUGAGGCCCCGGGGGAGACACCCGAUGGCCUUUCGUCCCCCCCUCUGCAGGUGAUUCUGGGUCUGAUUUUUACUGGGCUGCCCGGGCUGUCCUUGGCAGAGCUCCUGGGGCCGCUUCCUGUGCAUCUACAUGGCCUACCUACAAUGCCAAAGCCUCGCUGUUCCCCCUCCUGCCAUGGUUUCCCCAGCAGAGCCAAGCUGCCCGUGGAGCAGAGGGGCAAGGGAAUGCAUUUAGGUCAGAGGGCUGAGAGUCCAUCUGGGCAGUUGGGAACCCCCCAGACCACCACCCAAGCGCUCUAAGCCAGAGUAGAAAAUUCACCGGGAUUCCAUUAUUGAAUGGCUUCUUAAGCCUAUGGGGUUCCCUAGAGAGAGGCAUUGUACUGAUAUAUAAAUAUAUAUAAUAUAUAUGUGAGACAUACUGACAGAAUCUGUAAGCUAAUAAAAUAUAAGAAAAGGUUAAAAAAAAGAAUAGGUAAAUUGACAAGAAGUAUUUAUUGUUUUCCCAUAUUGCUUUAUUGCCUUCCCGGGCAUACACCAAUUCCCGUCCCUUUUUUAUGUAUAAGUGAGGUCUGAACUGUAGGGGGCCUUUAUCCUUGGAGCCAUCAGGGGUCUCCUGGCCCUACUGUUGGCCUUCCCUAGACUCCGUCGGGGGCUCAGUGAGAAGGGGGUGCACACGUCCAUUCCCUUCACCCCCUUGUUUUCUGGCAAGCCCGGGGCACAGCAGUCGGCCUCCCAGAGAUGAGGGGAGCUGCCCCCCUCACUGUGGGCCUGAACAAGUGGAUGAGCCUGCGGGGGACAAGGGUGUGUGUGACAGAUGUGGGUGACAGGUGUGUCUUUUGCAUUUUUUCUCCUCCAAGAAGCUGUAUCUGUGUGGACGUUCUGUUUCAGGGAGUUGGAGAGUGUCUGAGGGUAGGGAGCAGGCCCUCGCUUCCUAAAGAUUACAACCUUGCACUUGGUGGCCGAGGUUCCUCCAAAGUGCUCUUCCUUCUGAGGCAUUCAAGCCAGAUACCCAGAUCUCCCCCCUCCUCAUUCCCUACAUACCCUGACUCUCUUCCCAGAUAGGAGAUAUCCCUUGCCCACUUCCUUUGUAAAUAUCUCAAUCUCCUGCUGGACCUGGCCCCAGGACUCUCCCCUCCUGGCCUGGAUGUCCUGUCUCCGCUUGAGGCCAGGUCGAGUGGUAGACCCUUCGGCAGCCAGCCCCGGGCCGUCACACGUGCGUUCCCACUGCCCACCAGCAGCUCCCACCUCCCAGGCAUGGCCAGCCCGCCCCGCUCAGGCCUGAGCCUAGUGUGACCCUGGGAAGGACUGGGCAUCCUGGGAAGCUGAUCAGCUCACUCCCUCACGUCCCUCUGGAAGGAGUGGGUUUCCAGAAUGAUAGGGAAGGGUACCCCCGUCUCCAGGCGGCCCUACCUUUGGGUCAGACACUGGUUGGGAGCACACCGUGGCUCUUCCAUGUCUCACAGGUUAGGUCUCUGUACCCAUGCGUGCACGCGCACACACACACACACACACACACACACACACACACACACACCCCACAGCGCUGCGGUAUAUUCUUGCCAAAGAUUUCCUUUAAGAGAAAGCACUUUUAAUAAUUAUUGUUAUUAUUGUGUGAAUGUCUAUCCUUUCCUCUCCUCCUUCCCCCUCAACCUUUUUUGCUGUUAUUGUUGAAUCUGUGUGUCAGCCAGGAGAAUGCUGUCUGGUCUUGAAACAGGCUGGCAGGGCAAGGGUCUGGGGGAAGUUGGCAAGGAAGAACGAGAGAGGCGGCGAAACAGUGACACAGACGCCAGGCAGGCUCAGGCCUCGGCCCCCCGCUCCAGCCAGGCGUCUGAAGCCGGCCUGGGGCCUGGGGCUGGCCUGCACAUUGUCUGGAGGGAAGAAGGCAGGGAGUUGACAUCUGUCGGAUUCAGGGAGAGGUCCAGGUGGCUCCCUACCCGUGGAACAGGAGGACAGGGCAGGGCAUGGGAACAAUGGAGAGGUGACCCCAGAGGGGAAAUAGGAAGGAAGUGAGCUGUCUGGUCAACCUCCAGGGGUGACUGCAAUGCUCCCGCCCUACAGUCUUGGCACCCUGGUCCCCUUAUCUAGCCAGGUGUUUGGGGGCCAAUACACUGUGUCCUAGGCUAGGGAAGGGCCUUUUGACCCCUAUCUUUGUCGGAGUCUCUCCCUAGCAACUCUAAAAAUGUGUGGAUUCCUUCUCCCGUGGGUUUCGAGGACUCCCUGGGUGUGUCAGAGGCUGGCAGGAUAGGAGUGGCGGGGCCUGGUGGCCGUGUGACCUGUAGGAGGCAGCAGCCAGCUGGACAAGCGUGAUCCUUAGAAAGGGCACUCAGGAGGGGGGGUACUCUGAUGUGCCACAGCCGAGGUCAGGGAGGCUCCCCUGCCAUCCAGGGGGUGUGGAGGUGUCUGUAAGCAGAACAGGGAUAGGCCCGGGGCAUUUGCUCACCGUCCCUGCCUCCUGGCUCUCCCCCACUUCUUCGGACUGUCUCAACUUCAGGAUUGGGGGAGGUCAAGUGGGUCCAUGCCCCGUCCAAGGGCUGCCUCCCGCCCCUACGUCUCCCCACACUUGGGUUCCUUGGAGAGGUUGGGGGCAGAGUCCCAGAGCCACUCUUCACCCAGGCCCAGGCCCCAGGGUCCUGAGACUGGAGCUCCUGGCUGGUGUUACCCGGGGCGGAUGCAUACACGUGCGUGUGCAAGUGUGGGUGUAUAUGUGUACAUAUUUUGCUGGUCUCUAGGGAACACGGGGUUAGGGUCAAAGGCAGCGAAUGAGCGAUGGGAUGUUAAGGUCAGUAUCACCCAGCAGUGAAAGGAAUCAGGAGGGCCCCGAUCGCUAGAUUGUCAGUGUUGUUGGUGAGGACUUGCUACAACGGGGUGCUCCCUCCCGACUCCUUUGUCCUCAGACACCCAGCAUGUUUGAGGACUUCCGUUUAUUUCCCACACCAGGGCUCUUCUCAGCAGCGAGGUAAUUGCAGAGGAAUGUCCCCAGUUUGUUUUCUAAUCAGUGUUAAACAGUUUGAGACUCUCCUCUGUGUCCAUGUUCGGUUUGUGCGUGAGACUGAGCACAUGUGUGUGUGUGCACGCCAUGUUUCCCCAUUUUCUCUCUUCCCUCUGACACGCCAUUCGAAACAAAUGUAAGAAAUUCCUUGCCACCCCCUCCCCACCUCCCAGGCCCUCUGCAGGAGAAACAAUAACUUGGCAUCCUCCCCGUCCCCUGGCUGUGUAUUUAUAUAGAUGGAAAUAUCCUUUCUAUUUUGUAUCAUCGUGCCUAUAACCUCCGCCACCUUGUAUAAACCCUGACCUGUGCUCCUUGCCCUGGAUAUGAAUGUAUUUUACACCAAUGCUGGCCCGCUCCUGUACAGCUGCUUUGUUUCUUGGCGACCCAUUGUAUGGCUUUAUAAAUGGUAAAGCGAAAGAAAAAGUC